AUGGCAGAUUGGAAUCAGGAGACGUGGAGGGACGUCAACUGGAGCCCCGGCCUUCCCAUCGAGAGCGACGUCUCGAAGCUGAACAAGAACACCGCUGCCACAAUCGGGAUAGCGGAGCUGGACGAGCAGCUGAGCCGGGCGACCGCCGUGCGCCAGACCACCCUCCACAAUCUGAAGACUCAUAAAGUCGGCAAGGCAUUCGGCCUCCUCGUCGGCCUCGCCUCCGACCGAUUCUCCACUCCAGUCCUCCUCCUAAUCGGCUCAAUCGAAGGCCUCAUCGGCUACGGCGUCCAGUGGCUCGUCGUCAACGGCCGGAUCAGUCCUCUACCAUACUAG